AUGUCAACACAAACCGACUCACAAACAGUGGGCGCAUCGUCGUCCCUACCUGAUAGGCUGCAGUCUCCUACAUUACCAGUUCACCAUGUACAGACGCUUUAUAAACAGUCAAAUAAAUCGAAUUCGACGCAUUCGAGAAGUUUGAGUCAAUCAGCAACAACAUUUACAUUAGGGAAGCUAUCAUCAUCAACCGUGGUAUCAGUACCUGUACCUUCAUCCUCACCGACAUCACCCAUAUCACAAGAAUCUACUGCCCCGAUAAAACAAAUUAAACAUCGUAAAGCAUUCUCACUCUCCUCUUCCGCAUCUGUAAUAACCUUUCCUGAUGACUACCAAGUGUAUAAACACAACCCAAACACAUUGCCGAUACCAGUACUAUCAUCCUUAUCUUCGCCUGUACAUAACCAAGCAUCAAUCCAUCCAAAACCAAACCGAAAGUCGAGUUCUUUUUUAACCAUCCUCCAGCCAUGGGCACCGAUAAUUACAUGGGCAGUCAUAUCGUUGUGUACAUUAUGUUUUGUUGUCGUUUAUCGGAAGGAAGUCAUAUCGGCACUUGAAAGAUUGGCGAAAUAUGUCGAGGGAUUGGGUAUUGGUGGAGCCAUAAUUCUCUACGCUCUAAUCUAUAUUACAACUUUCCCACUCGUCAUCGGCUAUUCAACCUUGAUAACUCUUUCCGGCUUUGCAUUUGGUAUUGUUCGUGGAUUUAUAAUUUCCUAUUCCGCUGCAUUAUCAGGGGCUGUCACCGUGUUUGUGAUUUCGAGAAAAUGGGGUAAAGCGCCGGUUAGAAGGUUGUUGAGAAAGAACAAGCACAUGAGAAGUAUUGUCAGAGCAAUCGAGAAAAAAGGGUUUAAGCUCCUGUUUCUAAUACGUCUAGCGCCUUAUCCUUACAACGUUUUCAACACACUUCUUUCUGCUACCAAUAUUCCUCUCCAAACUUUUGCAUGCGCCACUGCACUCUCUCUUUCCAAACUUCUAAUUCACGUAUACAUUGGGUCGACAUUAUCUUCAUUCUCGGCUCAUUUCUCGAGCGAGGUACAUGAAGGUGAUGGGAGCGAAGGUGACACUUCUGCUUCCCCGUUGUCUACAGCCGAUAUAUUAAAAAUAUCUAUGGGAGUUACGGGUAUAGCCGUUGCUAUUGGAGUGGUGGUAUACAUUUGGCUUCUUGCUAGAAGAAUGGUCAAGGAGGUCGAGGGAGAUGAGGACAGAUAUGAUUUUGAAUAUGAAUAUUGUUACGAUGAGGAGGGGAAAAAGAGCGAUUGUAAUGUCGAUGAUCGAAGUGACUGUAAUGAUCGGGAUGCGCUGAUUGAGAAGGGAAAUCAACAUAGUGAAAGUGAGCUUCACGAAUGUGAGAAUUCUGGACUUUUGGUAGAAGAUAUUAAUCCAACAUCUACCAAUGAAUCUUCGCAUUCAAUAUUCUCCAACCCGUUCGAUCGCAGUGGUGGGGGUAAAUCUAAAGGUUCUACAAAUGAACAUAGAAGAACGGUUGGUUUUGUUAAUAGUACUACAAGCGGCGAACGUGGAUCAGUUUUUAAUACUAUUGAGGCUGUUGAUGAUGAAAGUGUAAAUAGUGACGAUUCUAAUGAGGCUGUUGAGAGAAUAGAUAAUCAGGAUGAUGGGUUGGUACAGUCAGUUGCGACUAGUCUAGAACUUGAAAUAGAAAAGCGUAGAGGAAGGGAAUUUGAAUUAUUAUACGAACAGGAAAAAAACAAAAGGCUUCGUGCUGAAAGUAUUUUCGACGCAACAACCCGAGGCCUCCCUAGCAUGUGGAAUGCAAUGGAACCAGAACGUCGUGAAACAUUGUGGUUUGCGCCUGCAAGAGAAGCACUCACGUUUGACCAACCACCAACAGGCAAUACCGAAAAAGACUAUCAAAAUUGGUUUACAAACAAAAUACUGACACAGUUAGAUGAUGAUGGAUCUGUUAAAGCAGUGGACAGCCAUCGGUUAAUGUUCCUCGACGGAAAAGCUCCUGAUAUCGCCACUCAUACUAAACGUUAUGCUUUAACUUCGCAUGCAAAGAACUGGGAACAAGUUACAGGAUUCUUGACAGAUUGUCAUCAUGUAAUGUUUGUUCGAGCUGCCAGGAAAGUGGAUGACUUGUCAUACAAUGUAUGGUAUUCUGAUCCAAUGAACUUGAACAACCAUGAUACUACUUGCUAUCUACAAGCACUUCUUAGUGAAAUUCAAUUCCACCCAAUGACAGGUCUGACAGUUGAUUUAGGUGACAUGAUUGCAUGUACAUCCACCUCUACUGUAUUUAGUGUUGUCAAUGAUGCAGUUGUCAAACUUGUAAAUCAGCCUGAUAUAUUACAUAAUGAGAUAAGAAUAUUAGAAAAAUUGCAUGACAUUUCUGGUGUAAUAAAACUUGUCAAUUUAUCUGAGAAAAUUGUGGAUAAGCUUCAUCUAUGCCACAGAAUUGGUGUAGUACAUGGAGAUGUACGACUAGCUAAUAUCCUCAUUGAUAAAGAUAACCAGGCUGUGUUAGUUGACUUUGGGUGUGGUUCAAUCAUAGGAGAGCUGUGGAAUGGCUGCGGUCCAAAUUUGCCCCUUCUCUCAUUCCGAUUAAUGAAAUCAAAGGCUCUACUUAUUCAACCCCAAGAUGAUCUCUUUAUGCUCACCCAAUCACUCUAUCUUCACUUGCACAAGGAAGAAAUGCUUGCAAGUGUGAAAGAUCUCAGUGAACACUCAAGUGUUCUUGAAUUUUGGGAGAAUGUGUUUUCAGAUAAGCAUUGGGGGAAGAUGCAAGUUUUCUGUGAAAAUUUAGAGUAUGAUGCCUUGAAGGAAUGCAUUUGCAGAUAUGACAUGAACCAUUUAGUCUGA